GCCAUUUAUCGCCAUUUUUCCAUUGUAGAAGUGAGAGGAAGAUAUUGGGGUCUCAAAAUCUGCAAUUUUAACUGAUCCAGAGAGUAAACUUCGCUAUUUUAAAGAAAACAAGAGAUUUAUAUCUUCGGAAACUACCAAGGUACAAAAUGUCCCACAGAGAUAGAGCUUUUGACUCAAAUAGUAGAUCAGACCGGCGUGGGUUUGGAGGUGGUUCAAGGUUUGGCAAUGACCGAGGGGGAUCUCGCUUCAGUGGAGGAGGCUAUGGUGGCGGCAGUGGAUUUGGUGGAAGAGGCGGUGGUGGAUUUGGAGGAAAAGGAAGAGACAAGCUGGACACCAACCCUGGUGAUAGAUUAAGAAAACCUAGAUGGGAUAUGGAAAAACUCCAACCCUUUCAUAAAAACUUUUAUCAUGAGGCCCCAAGCGUAUCAGCAAGAGGAGAACCUGAAAUUACCGCUUUCAUGAGAGCCCACCAGAUUACAGUAAAGGGAAGAAAUGCCCCUAAACCUGUGAUACAAUUUUCUGAAGGAAACUUUCCAGAUUACAUCAUGAAUAUCAUCAAGCAGCUGGGCUGGAAAGACCCAACAGCUAUACAGUCCUAUGGAUGGCCCAUUGCUUUAAGUGGGAAAGAUUUAGUGGGAAUUGCACAAACUGGUUCAGGAAAAACACUGGCUUUCAUCCUACCUGCUAUUGUACACAUUAAUCACCAAGAAUAUCUUCAGAGAGGAGAUGGACCAAUUUGUUUAGUUUUGGUGCCAACAAGAGAACUAGCACAGCAAGUCCAACAGGUUGCUACUCAGUUUGGAUCCACUUCGAGACUGAGGAAUGUAUGUGUGUAUGGAGGAGCACCAAAGGGACCACAGAUUAGGGAUUUGGAUAGAGGUGCUGAAAUCUGCAUUGCAACCCCAGGUAGGCUUAUAGAUUUGCUUGAAUGUGGCAAGACUAAUCUACGGCGUUGUACAUACCUCGUGUUAGAUGAAGCUGACAGAAUGCUGGACAUGGGUUUUGAACCACAGAUUAGGAAGAUUAUUGAACAGAUCAGGCCUGACCGUCAAGUAUUGAUGUGGAGUGCUACGUGGCCCAAAGAAGUUAGAAGUUUGGCAGAGGAGUUUUUGCAGGAAUAUGUCCAGAUCAAUGUUGGAGCACUACAGUUGUCAGCAAAUCACAAUAUCUUGCAGAUCAUAGAUGUUUGUGCAGAUAAUGAAAAGGACUUCAAACUUUGUAAACUACUGGAGGAGAUAAUGGCAGAGAAAGAGAAAAAAACUAUAGUUUUUGUGGAGACCAAGCGACGUGUGGAAGACAUCACGAGGAAGAUGCGGAGGGAGGGGUGGCCAGCAGUUUGCAUUCAUGGAGACAAAUCUCAACCUGAGAGAGAUUAUGUACUUAAUGAAUUCAAAAAUGGAAGAACUCCGAUCUUGGUUGCUACAGAUGUUGCUUCACGUGGAUUAGAUGUGGAGGAUAUCAAAUUUGUGAUAAACUACGACUACCCAUCGUGUUCUGAGGAUUACGUACAUCGCAUUGGUAGGACUGGCCGAAGUAACAAUACUGGCACAGCUUACACCUUCUUCACACCUGACAACGUCAAGCAGGCCAGCGACCUCAUUGGUGUUCUGAAGGAGGCCAAUCAGGUCAUCAACCCAAAGCUCAUGCAGCUGGCUGAAGCAAGCAGAGGCCUUGGCGGAGGACGUCGUCGUUACAGAGGAGGCACUGGUGGAGGCAGGAACUCUCGUGGUGGAGGAAACAGUGGAGGGUAUCGCGGUGGACAUGAUUUGCGCAACAGAGAAAGUCGUUUUGGAAGUGAUAGAAGCUAUGGGGGUGGGGACAAGAGUUAUGGGGGAGGGGAUAAAAGUUAUGGUGGCAGUUCUAAGAAUGGUUAUGGCAGUUAUGGUAGUCAGACGUCAUCAAAGGGACCAGGAGUUAAGCCUUUGAUGCAAAGCGUUGUCCAAACAGCACCACAGACCAAUGGCCACGCAGCACAUCCACCACCUCCAGCUGCCCCUGCUUCAGGAAAAGCUGCCCCAGCAACUAAUGGUUCUGGUGGCAUGCAAAACCUCCAGCAGAUGGCGAUGAUGUACAGUCAGUGGAUGACACAAGGUCAGGCACCACCCACACAGGCUAACAGGAGUUAUACUGGCUACCAGUAUCAAUAGAAAUGUGUUCUAGUAACUUAUUUAGAACUUUGUUUCCGUCAUUGGUAAGUACACAAUUAUGGGUCCCUUUUCUGAAAACCAUACCAUGUAUAUUAAUGGGAUCUUUUAAGUUUGUUUUGGUGUAAUUUCAGAUUGAGUUUGAUUGCAUUGAAGUGGUAUGCUGAAUUUUCAGUAGGGGGAACUGUGACUGUGUACAGACAUUUAAAUUAAAUAAAAACUAGAGGACCAUUCGUGUACAGACAAUAACUGACUACUGAACUAUUUCAGGUAUAUGUGAAUGAUUUUAAUGGAACUUGAUAAUGAGUUGUGUUCUAAGGAUUUCUAGGAUAAGCAGAGGGGUUUCUGGGAUAAGCAGGAAGGGGAGGGGGGUGUCCAGUUAUGAUUUUAUUUCAGUGUUAGAAUAUAUAUGUGGCUUUAAACACAAAGUAAUAAAAGUAUUUAAUUAACUA